AGGUGGUGGCGGUGGCGGUGGCGACCUCCUCGACCUGCUCGGGGGCGACGAGGCGCCGGCGGCUGCCGCGGCGCCGGCGACACAGAAGACGCCGGUGCUGAACCCGUCGCAGCCUGGGCAGGGCGGCAGGAGCGGCUUCGGCGUCAUGUCCGCGCUGGUGAGGGAGCAGGGCCAGCUCCUGCUGAAGAUGACCUUCUCCAACUCGUCCCCCGGUCCGCUGAACGGCUUCGCCAUCCAGGUGAACAAGAAUACCUUUGGCAUCGACAAGGCCGCCAACCUCCAGGAGUGCCGGACAUCGCGCCAGGGACGAGCGCGGAGGUGGUCCUCCAGAUGGCGGCCGGCCAGAACCUCAGCGGCACCGCGCCGACCAACCCGCUCUUCCUGCAGGUGGCCAUCAAGAAUUCCCUGGACAUUUUCUAUUUCAACGUGCCGUUCGACUUGUCCGUGGCUCUCGUGGAGAGUGGCGCAAUCGGGCGCGACCAGUUCACCGGGAUAUGGCAGAGGGUCGGGGAAGCUGGCCAGCACACCACCACCAUCAACGUGGACAGGCCGAUCAACGCCGAGACCGCGCGAAGUAGACUCACCCCGGGCAACGUGCACUACGUGGCCCAGCGACAGGUGGACGAGCAGACCGUGCGCAUGUACCUCUCGGCGGCCACGACGAACAACUGCGCGAUCCUGGCAGAGGUGGAGGUGCGUUCGUCCGCCACCUCCGUCCAGAUAGUCACCCGCACCGAGACGCCGGUCCUCGUCCCGCUGUUCGAGGCCGCUGUCAGCAAGCGGCUGAGCGGGAGGUGAGCCCCUGGCGCCAGAGCCACGUGGACGGCCGAGGCACCAGCGAGGAUGUAGCGGCUAGCGUGGCGAGGCCACCAGCACAACGACCCUUCGUGAAGCAGGUGCGCAAAGAAUGGAGGGGGCAGGAUGAAGGAGAAUCGACCCCAGCGCAGACCCACUGCAGGCGGGUGUGCCCCAUCGCGCGCUGCUGGACUAGAACAUGCUGCCGGCCUGUUUGCAUCUCCGCCCGCCAUGCCGCCCAGCACGCUGACUAUGGGGCGCAAUGGGUCCGCGGAGCCAUAGAUGGUGAGUGCAUGAAAAAGGCCGCUCCGUGCGCCGUUUGCCCCCGUGCCAUCUCGCCAGCAUCGCAGAUUGGCCGGCUGGGGGCCCUUGGGUAGUCCAGGCGACUCGCAGGGUGUUCUCAGUUGCCCUCUCUCUUUCACCUUCUUCCCUCGGCCCCAUUCUUCACUGUGCACUCAUCCUUCGGCCCUCUUUUCUUCCCUUGGCUCUCUGUCCCCCCCGAGGAUGAGAAGACAAGACGGGGCACCGAAGAAGCCCCCUGCCC